GUUCAUUUUUACGUUCCCGAUUGUCACACAGUUCUGGAGGAGUAGUUUAUAGAUAAAAAACAAAUACUAUAAACCUGUUCAAAACGGAGAAAAAGAUUUCGGUUUACUGUUUAAAUAUUUUUUGUAGUGGGAGGAGGAAGUGCCGGAUCGGUGGUGGCCAACAGGUUAUCAGAAAAUCCCCUUAAUAGAGUACUAUUAUUAGAGGCUGGAGGCAACGAAAAUAUUUUUUCCCAAAUUCCUACUUUGGCUGCUGCUUUUCUACGAACUUCGAUGGCUUGGCAAUACAUAACCGAACCUCAGCACUUUUCUAGUUUCGGUUAUAAAGACCGAGCCGCAAGAUGGCCGAGAGGAAAAGUAUUAGGAGGCACAAGUUCGGUCAACUUUAUGAUCUACAGUAGAGGGAAUCGACGAGACUACGAUGGUUGGGCUCGAGGAGGAGCGCAUGGAUGGAGUUGGGAGGAAGUCUUUCCUUAUUUUCUUAAAUCUGAAGAUAAUAGGGAUAUUAACGUUCUAAGGAAUGGAUACCAUGCUUCGGGAGGUUACCAAACAAUUUCUUCUCCGAAUUAUAUUACUCCUUUAGUGAAAGCAUUUAUGGAGUCCGUCUUGUUAAAUGGUCAUGCCAUGAGGGAAUUUAAUGGACCUAUUCAAAAAGGUUUCGCUUUUCCACAAGCCUUUAAAAGAAAUGGAAGGAGAUGUAGCAGUAACAAAGCGUUUCUUCAUCCAGUGAAAGAUCGCCCGAAUUUAACUAUUUUACUUUUUUCAUUUGUUACGAAGAUUAUUUUCGAUCAUUAUAAAGUUGCUAGAGCUGUUCAUUUCGAACGUUUUGGUCGUUCUUUCGUCGUGUAUGCUAGAAAAGAAAUCAUCGUGUCCGGAGGCGUUAUUAAUUCUCCACAACUUUUAAUGUUGUCGGGCAUUGGUCCUAGAGACGAUUUACACAGACUUGGGAUUCCCGUUGUUUCCGAUCUACCCGUCGGAUACAAUUUGCAGGAUCACGUACUCACGUACGGAAUGGAAUUCCUAGUCGACGUGCCUUACAGCUACAGUCUUCCUCGUCAGUUAAAACCGACAAAUAUCGCUCGAUUUUUUAAACAUGGAGAAGGACUUUUGACUGUGCCUGGAGGCUUAGACAUCAUAGGAUAUAUGGAUACGAUAUACGCAAAUCAAUCGGACGAUUAUUCCGAUAUAGAGAUCAAUUUUUAUUCUUUCACCCUAGCAUCUGAUGGAGGGAAAAUCUUUCGUCCGGUUCUUGGACUGAAAAACGAGAUAUGGGAACGUUGUUAUAAACCGUUUUCUUACAAAGAAGCAUUUACUAUAAUGCCUAUUUUGCUCCGUCCUAAAAGUCGAGGGUACAUAAAAUUAAGGACUGCGAAUCCUCACGACUAUCCCAUCAUCCAACCUAAUUAUUUUUCUCAUUUUGACGAUGUUCUAGUUUUGGUUGAUGCCCUGAAGAAAAUUCUUAGGUUUGGAAACUCGAUAGCUUUAAAGAAAUACGGAGCUCGAGCAUUUCCUAGAAGAAUACUUGGAUGCGAAAAAUAUGUACAGUUCAGUGAUGAAGAUCUGCAUUGCAUUGUAAGAACUAUGUGCUCGACUGCGUAUCAUCAUGUGGGAUCGUGUAAAAUGGGUGCAAUCGAAGAUCCCACUACGGUAGUGGAUCCAAUGCUAAGAGUAAAAGGAGUAUCCAGAUUAAGAGUUGUCGAUGCAUCGAUUAUGCCAACUAUUGUUUCGGGCAAUACGAAUGCUGCCGUACUCAUGAUUGCCGAAAAAGCAUCCGAUUUGAUACGGGAGACUUUUUAUUUCUAAUAACCAAGUUUAGAAAAAGAUUUUAUUGUGAUAAAUAGUCAUAUUAUAUAUUGAAAAACUUUUACAUAAAACACUGAGUUAAGUGUUUUAUUCGUUUGAUAUGAGCAUGACCUUUUAUUUUUAUCUUCUUUUUUGCAGGUUGUUUAAAAUACCGCAAGUGUAAAUCAUCACGUUUGAAGUUGAUUUUAGUUUUAAAAAUCAAAUUUUAAUUCCGGGGAAUUUUAAACCAUCAUCCAUUUUCUCCGUUGACUCUGCUCACUGGACGACAUACACAGUAUCAAAAGCAUUGUUACAUUCGUUGUAGGACUGUAAACGGCUUAUGGAGUAUUUGAUAGAGAAAUAAAUUACUUCUUUAUUUGAGAUUACCACUUUUUCAAGAGGAAAACACUAUCAAAAUAUCUCAUUUUGUUUAUGAUACAGAAAAAAAAAAUGUGUCCAGGAAGUUUUCGCUAUAU